AUGGGAUGGCUGGCGAACCCUGGCUGCAGCUCGAAGCUCUUUCAGCCGCUCAGGAUUGCCAACGGAAACAUCGAGUUGAAGCAUCGAGUUGUCCACGCACCCCUCACGCGGAACAGGGGAACUCCCCUUAACAGCGCAUCUACCGCCCAGGAGCCGAAUCGUAUUUGGAUCCCUAAUGACCAUGUCGUGGAGUAUUAUAAACAACGCGCCACACCUGGUGGCUUAAUGAUAUCCGAGGGCCUUCCGCCGUCGGUAGAGGGAAAUGCUAUGCCCGGCGUGCCCGGCCUGUUCGUGCCAGAGCAAGCCAGAGAAUGGAAACGAGUGGUGCAAGCCGUACACGCCAAAGGGGCCUACAUCUAUGCCCAGCUGUGGCAUUCGGGACGCGCAAACAUUCCUCACUUGACGGGAACGCCCAUACUGGCGCCGUCCAGCGUUCCGUGGGAGGACGCAGACGAGUGCUUCUCCUAUCCGCCGCCCCAUACCGCGACCCGGGUCAAACUCGCCCAGUACCCACCCCGUGAAAUGACAAGGGAGGACAUUGCAAGAACCAUCGAAGACCAUUGCCGGUCGGCAGCUCUGGCCGUGGAAAUCGGCUUCGACGGCGUCGAGCUCCAUGGCGGCAACGGCUACCUGGCCGAGCAGUUUCUCAGCUCCAACUCCAACAGGCGCACCGACGAGUACGGCGGCACGGCCGAGAAGCGCUGCAAAUUUGUCCUCGACCUCAUGGACGCCCUCGCCGGCACGGUCGGGCCGGAGAAUCUCGCCAUCCGCCUCACCCCCUUUGGCUUGUUCAACCAAGCAAGGGGCGAGCAGAGGAUCGAAACCUGGAGCCACCUCUGCCGCCAGCUCAAGCGGCGGCUGCCCGGGCUGUCGUACGUGAGCUUUGUCGAGCCCAGGUACGAGCAAAUCCUGUGCCAAGCCGAGAAGCAGGCGUUCCUCGACUCGUGGGGGCUGCCGCACGUCGACCUGUCGCUGUUUCGGGAAAUCUGGGGCACCACGCCCUUCAUGUCUGCCGGCGGGUUUGACGACGCCAACUCGUGGGACGUGAUGGAGUCUGGCAGGUACGACGCCUUGCUCUACGGACGCCUGUUUAUCAGCAAUCCGGACCUUGUGGAGCGGCUGCGGAACGGUUGGCCGCUUGCUCCCUACGACAGGGCGCGCUUCUACGGCCCCUUUGACGAACCCGCCGUCGGGUAUACGGACUACCCGUCCUACCAAGGCGAUGGGGUGGGUCAGGCGUCUUGUGUGCUGAGAUGCGAUUCGGGCAGGCUUCGUGGUGGUGUAUGCAACCCGAAUUGUGCGGACAAUCAAGUGUGGCAGGACGGGCUACAGGCGUGA